AUUUGUGAUGAUCCAUAGCUGAAAGAGUGAUCGAAAGAUGGCGCUUUUAAAUCCUGUUUUAAUGAUGUUGGUGAUACACGCUUUGGCCAUUCCUUCAGAAACACGAAAGCUGGACAUUGGCGAAACAAAAACGGAUAUAGGUGAUGAUUCUUCAAAGCAGCCAGGUGUGAUGAUACAACCACAAGAGGCUGAAGAGGUGUUUUUGCCAGAUUCCUUGCCUACCUUAUCUGAUUUGUUCACAUUAAAAUCACGCGUGUUCAAUAUCGAGCAGACUGUGGCUGAUAACUGCAAAGUAACGUGGGCGUCCAACGGUUGCACGGUGUCCUUAACUCCCAACCCUGAUGACUGUGUGAAUGUUAAUGUUGUCAUUGAAAAAGUCUUGAAUACUAUUAGUGGUAUUGCAGAAGCACUUCGGCUAGGCUCAAUUGGGAAUAAUCCUAUUGAUUUGUCUGAUUUGGUUGUAAAUUAUCUUGAAGUCAAUGUCUGUAAUGAAACCGUGGAACUUUCAGCUACUUUAUUUGAUGAUCGGGAGAUAACAAUUAUUCCUUCUACUUUAAGUGUUACAAAUAUCGAGAUCGACCUGUCUAUUGCGGUUCCAAAUAAAACUACCACUGUGUCGUUUUAUGCUACAUGGGACUUUGGAGGGGUUUCAUUUAUUAUCCAAGCAGGUUAUGAGAGUGGGGAAUACGAAAUCACUGCACUCCCAGUUACAUCUGAUGUAACCCUUGCCACAUUGUUGGGAAGCGUCGCAAAUGCAGUGGUACCCGGUGAUACUACUAGUGCAUUAGGUCUUUUCAAUGAACUGAAGUUCAAUAGCAUUGUUGUAAGUGACAUGAUUCUCGAUGCUAAAUUUACAGAUUCUGGCAAUGGGUUCGAAUUCUCCUUUACAUCAACUGUACCUGGUCUUGGUAGUACAAACAUCAUGUUAAACUUCAACAGACUCAAAGAAGGAGGUAAUUUCACAAAUGGAUUUUCAUUGGCUGCCCUGAUGAAAGAACUGACCCUCGCCUCAAUUAUUCAACAUAUUGGGAGCUAUGAUAUAUCCACUGUGCCUCUAAUUGGCAGUUUAGCCUUUCCAGAAGUAGCGCUUAUUGGGGCUUCUAAAGAUAUUCCCGAGCUCAUUGUCAACUUUACCAGUGAUUCUGAUGUUAUGUCUUUACUACCAUCAGUCACCAAGGGCGUCACCCUAUUGUUUACUGCAAGAUUUGACGGAGACUCAGACCCGAUGAAUUUCAUGGUUAAAUAUUCUGCUCCUAAGUCAAUUGGCUUUACAAUUUUGCCAGGACCGCAGCUUGACAUCGAGGGUAUCAUAAACAAAGUUCUCAACUCGAUCAAUCUUCAGCUGCCACCUGGAUUUCCAUUGGCGGGGUUUCUCAGUCAAGGUCUUUCUAAUAUGAACUAUAACGGUGAUAUCAAUGAGUUAAAUAUUCCAGUGAUACUUGGAGAUGACAUAAUAAUAGUGAAGCAUGUGUUCGAGAUAAAAGAACCUCAGAUCGUCUUUGUCAUAGGCCUAGGAAAACCAAGGACUUUAAACUUCUUGGCAAGUGGCACAUGGAUGAUAAAGGACUAUCCCAUUGCACUUAGCAUUAGUAAACCACCUGGAGCACCCGAAUUUUUGGCAUCUGCUUGUUCUGAAAAACCACUAGAAGUUGGAAAAGUCAUGGCACAAUUAGCGUCGUCGUUUCUUCCUGAUUUCGUCGGUAAUAUUUUCGAGACGUUCUCAAUCGAAAAUCCAUGUUUUGAAGUUUCGAUAGGCAGCAAUUUUGGUGUGAGAGUAAGUGGCACUGCAGUUAUAGGUAGUUUUGAUGCUUCGAAGGUAGAAGUAUUAGGAGGAAAGGUAGAUGGGGCUAUGCUUAUGGCUUUAGGCAUUGUACUUGAAAAGACUAGACUCAGUAGCGUUAUAGAUAAACUCACUACGGGUAACGUUGACAUAACUCCAAUGCCAGGUAGUAGGAUAUUUGACGAAAGCUCUAUCGGACUCGUAAUGUCAACUCAUGAAAUACCAACCAUGGGAAGGAGUGAAUUAGAAUUCAGACUCACAAUGUUGAGCAACACCAAUACAUUAGAUGGUGUAUCGAUUGUUGUCCAUAUGAAACUCCCAGUUGCCGCAGACUGUUCGGGUGAUUUCCUCUGUCGAGUUUUUAACAAGUUCUUUCCUAAUCUCUCUAUGGUUAUGAAGGGGCGACUUGCAAUUGAUGACCUUCUACUCGAGUCGACGAUUCCUAAAGAAAUAGAGAUUGCUCCAGGAUUUAUGCUGUCUGGUUUAGGGUUUAGAAUCAUUGCAAGACCAUCUAUGAUAGAGGUAGCCCUGAUAGCUAGUCUAACUAUAGACGAGCCUGCUUUACGUUUUACUGGUGCGAUUGGGUUUUCAACUACAGGGGCAACAUUGGAGAUGGCAAUGGUGGAGUGUUGGCCUAAACCAUUCACUAUUCCGAUUGUAACUAUAUGUGACCUAUUUAUUAAAAUAGGCAUAUUACCUGAACCUACUUUCGUCUCUGAGUUGCAUCUAGGGGGUCGUGCUCAGAUCGGUUUGAUUGACAACUCCAAAGCAAGACUCUUCAAUGCAUCUUUGUUUAUCGGCCUCAACAAAAUCGUCCCUUCUGAAAGUUAUUUCUUAGGAAAAAUUACUGAAUUAACGAUCCCCGAAAUAUUAGCUGCAUUUGCGUAUUACCCGAGUCUGCCAAAGGCUUUAGAUGAGAUAGGUUUUCCAGAUGGUAUUGAUGUAUCAUACUCCCAGUUUGGUAAAGUGUUGCCAAAUGUUGUAACAAUACCCAGUGGGUUUAGAUUUAACGGCACAAUACAAAUAAUGCGCUUUAGAGCUAGUAGUAGAAUGCGCAUGGACAUUAAUGGUAUAUUCAUAUUUUUGACAGUAGAUAGGUUUAAUAUUGGCAAUGAUCUAAUCAGCGUUGAUGGUGAUGGUGAAUCUGGUCCUGAAUUGUUAGUUGACGUUGGGUGGAAUCCACCUAGAGCCAAGAUUGAUAUUCAGGGGAAAGUUUGUGUGCUUAAAAUAUGUGCAUCAGUUAAUAUAACAGUCGAUUCACAAGGUAUUCACUUUGAAAUAAGAGGUAAAUUCUUAGAUCUCUUUGAAGCCCAACUUACCCUUACUGCUAGUUACACAUCAUUAGAUUCUGCAACGUUUAGUGUAUCGGGAUACUUUGAGAAAACACUCUUGGAUACCUUGAAGAACAAGGUGGUCGGCGCCAUUGAUAAUUUAAGUGAGGAGGCAAGUGAGGCCCUUGAUGCAGCCACUAAAGAACUUGAAUCAGCUAAACAAAGUAUGGAAAAUGCAGCUGAAGAUCUGCGAGCUAAGAAAGCUGUUGUUGAUGGGAUUCAAAAUUCAAUUAAUGCCAAAGCUCGAGAGAUUGGUGAUCAGAAAGCAAAGAUUGACGACUUGGAAAGGAAAUUGAAGGAAAGUGUAGAAGUUGCCGAAAGAGAGGUUGAGAAAUUAGAGGAUGCAAAGGCAGAGAUCAUUAAAAUAGAAAACGAGAUUAAGAAAAUAGAAGAUAGCUGUCCAGGUGGAUGUUCAUCAAAGCUCAAGAAAAGAAGCAUGCCACGUGAUGUGCAAUUACUACAUGGCGAUACGAUUGUUAAAGAUUCACUGCUGGAUAAAAGACUCGAUGCCAAAGAAUCUAAAGGUUUCCUCCAUUCUCACACAAAACGAAUCAUCUCUGCUAUAAUGAAAAAUAGGAUCAAAGAUCGACAAAAACGUUUCUUCGGACGCUUUAAACCAUGGGAGAGGGCGAAAGAAGCAUCGGAAAAUGUCGCCGAAGCAGUAAGACUUGAGGAUGCACGGGAGUUUACCAAAGAAACGGGUAGAGAAGCAAGUGAAAGAGCUCGAGAGACCGCUGAGCAUACGAGAGAGAGCACUGUAGAAAAAGGAAGAGAGUUCAAUGAGCAAACAAGAGAGACUGGGGCAGAGAAGGCGAGAGAAACUGCCGAGAAGUUGAGACUGGAGAGGAUCCGAGAGGUUGCAGAAUGUGCUGCUAAAGAAGCUACUAGAACGGCAUGCUUGUUACCAAUAGAAACACUGAGUCUUACGUUAGUCGGUUUGAAAUCAGGUCUUUUUGCAAUGCAAUCAGCCUCGGAUUUUGCUCUUAAAGUGGCAAAAGAAAACAAUCUUGCAUUUGAAGCAGCGAAGCUUGCGUUGGUUGGUCUCGAAGAGUCUAUGAAAGGCCUCGCUAGUUCGUUGGAAGGACCGAAGGGAUUGAUGGACGCGGCUGCUGCAGUACUUGAACAAUCAAAAUCCGUAGUGCUCACCACCCAAGUUGUUUUUGAUGGCGUAAAUAAACAGCAAAAGGCUGGUCUGAACGCUGUCUCCUUCAUCACUCAGUUCGGUCUCGGGGGUAUCAUUAAUAUAAAAGAGCUAAGCUUUAACGUACCCCUUGAUGUAGCAGAGACUGGUGAAUUCAGUGGUACGAUAGUAGUGUCAUUCCUUGGACGAUCAGACGAUACAUUCUCUCUCCAGAUAAAUGUGAAAUAUGUGGAAGAUAUGGUGGACAUAUUAGAAGAUAGAGUCAAAGAUCUACUUAAAUUGUAAUUGCUUGUUUGUGAACAAACGUUAUCGUAUAAUGAUUAUUCAGAAUUUCACGAUUAAUACAGGCGUUAUUAUCAGAUUAUGCCAUUUCUUUAGCGUCUUUAUUCGAUUUUUUUCAAUUUAAAGUUUGAUAUUUAAUUUUUCUUGUUUGACUUUUCACUUUUGAAUUCAAACUUUAAAAUUGUUGUUCAGUACUUUCAAUUCUAUGUUUGAUACUGUAUAUUUCUUGCUUGAUAUUGCACUUUUGAAUUCAAACUUUCAAGAAUGUUGUUCAAUUUUAGUAAUGUUUAUUUAAAAGUCGACCAUUGGUGUUUAAUAUUUUAAAUGAGCUAUUACA